UGUCAUUCCAUCUUUGUUUGUUUGACACAAUGUCGGGAUUGGAAGCAGGGCGCACUGGCACCGCCACAGUCACCGUUACCGCCACCCACACUGCGCAGGCCAUGGGAUCCGGAAGCGUCAACGUGUUCGCCACUCCGCAGCUGGUCGCGUUGAUGGAAGCUGCAGCCGUGAACGCCGUUGCUGGCGUGCUGCCGGACAAGUGCACGUCGGUUGGCACUUUGGUGAACGUCUCGCAUGUCGCAGCGACGCCGGUGGGCAUGACCGUGACUGCCACCGCGACACUCAAGCAAGUGAGCGGCAAGAAGCUCGAGUUUACAGUCGAAGCACGCGACGAGAAGGAGGUCGUCGGAUCCGGCGAGCACCACCGGUUUAUUGUUGACGAGGUCAAGUUUGCCGAUCGCGCCAAUGCCAAGUUGCCGGCCGCCUCGCUGUAGCGUUGUCGGUGGUCGCAUUUGCAGCAAGCCUCUGUUACCUUUGUAAAUGCUCGAACAAGGGGGAUGAAGGCGAGGGAUGCACGGCGUGCAAGUUCAAAUAAAAUUACAAAUAAAAAUUACAAUAGAAA